AGAGCGUGGAGUGGAGUGUGUGUGCAUAGGAAAGAGAGAGAGAGAGAGAGCAGAGGGGGAGAGAGAGAGAGAGAGAGAGCGUGUGUGUGUGCGUGUGUGUGUGGAAAAAGGAAGCGGCGCUUGUAAACGGCGAACUCACUGGUUUCCUACCCCUCGAAACAACUAACAGCGCUGUGUUACUUUUCAUGUGGACACUAUCAUCGACAACACGGCCGAAGGGAAUAAGGAGCCGUUCCGAAGGGGGGGACUAGCACACGUUCCAGUGCCUUUUACUCGGCGAUUACGGACGCGAACAGUCUAUCAGUAAAGUGAAACCGUCUUUUGUUGAAGCAAGUGCUCGCCUGAGCCCCCUCCGUGCAGGCAAACGGAGGGAUAAUAAUAAUAAUACUAAUAAUAAUAAUUAAAAAAAGUGUGCCGUUCGCCCGGUUUUGUCCCGGUUCUUGGAUUUGGCCCAGCUGGCUCGUGUUUCUGUUAAGUUCCGUGGGUCAUCUCGGGCAAAGGAUCGCGUUUUUCCAACUUGUUUGCAGCAGUCUGUGGGACUCCCAAAGAAUCACCAGACUGGCGGCUUUUCUGAAACACUGGGGUUGUUGGUGUGGCCAAAUUUUCCCUGGAUUUGACUGGUAAAUUCAGAAGACUGAAGCCCAGGCUCACAGUCUACCUUUCACGGAGGCCCAGCCGUGAGAGGACUGAGGAAGGCACGUGGCGGAUCAUGACGGCCGACAAAGAGAAGGAGAGGGAGAAAGAGCGGGACAGGGAUAGAGACAGAGACCGGGACAAGAGAGAGGUCGGUAAGUCCCGUCGGCAGGACGGGGACCGGGGGGACCGAGAAAGUGAAAGCUCAAGGCCCCGACGCAGUUGUACGUUGGAGGGUGGGGCCAAGAACUAUGCAGAGAGCGAGCACAGCGAGGAUGAGGACAAUGAUAACGGCAGCACAGGUGGAGGCAGUGGCACAGCCGAGGAGGCUGGCAAGAAGGGAAAGAAGAAAACCCCUAAGAAGAAGUCACGCUAUGAGCGCACAGAGAAUGGAGAAAUCACAUCCUUCAUCACAGAAGAUGAUGUUGUUUACAGACCUGGAGAUUGUGUGUACAUUGAGAGUCGACGGCCCAACACUCCCUACUUCAUUUGUAGCAUUCAGGAUUUCAAGCUGAGUAAACGGGACCAUCUGCUGAUGAAUGUGAAAUGGUACUACCGCCAGUCAGAGGUGCCCGACUCUGUCUACCAGCACCUGGUGCAGGAUCGCAACAAUGAGAACGACUCUGGCCGGGAGCUGGUUAUCACAGACCCAGUGGUCAGGAGUCGAGAGCUCUUCAUCUCUGACUACGUGGACACUUAUCAUGCUGCUGCUCUCAGGGGGAAGUGCAACAUUUCCCAUUUCUCUGACAUAUUUGCUGCCAGGGAGUUCAAAGCUCGCAUCGACUCCUUUUUCUACAUCCUCGGAUACAACCCAGAGACCAGGCGUCUAAACAGCACACAAGGGGAAAUCCGAGUGGGCCCCAGUCACCAAGCCAAGCUCCCAGAGCUGCAGCCUUUUCCCUCUCCUGGUGGCCAGGCCGUGACCGAGAAUGAGGAGCUGGUCUGGAUGCCAGGGGUCAACGACUGUGACCUUCUCAUGUACCUCAGAGCCGCAAGGAGCAUGGCUGCCUUUGCAGGGAUGUGUGACGGAGGCUCAACAGAAGACGGGUGUCUAGCAGCCUCUCGAGAUGACACUACACUAAACGCACUUAACACUCUUCAUGAGAGCAGCUAUGAUGCAGGCAAAGCUCUCCAGCGCCUGGUGAAGAAGCCUGUACCCAAACUGAUAGAGAAAUGCUGGUCUGAGGAUGAAGUGAAGCGCUUCAUUAAAGGAUUGAGACAGUUCGGCAAAAACUUCUUCAGGAUCCGGAAAGAGCUUCUGCCUAACAAAGAAACGGGAGAGCUAAUCACCUUCUACUAUUAUUGGAAGAAGACCCCUGAAGCAGCCAGUUGUCGAGCCCAUCGCAGACACCGCCGCCAGCCCGUCUUCCGCCGCAUCAAGACAAGGACUGCCUCCACUCCUGUCAACACUCCUUCACGUCCUCCCUCCAGCGAAUUCUUGGACCUCAGCUCUGCCAGCGAAGAUGACUUUGACAGUGAAGACAGCGAACAGGAACUGAAGGGCUACGCCUGCCGCCACUGUUUCACUACCACCUCCAAGGACUGGCACCACGGGGGCCGGGAGAACAUCUUGCUGUGCACAGACUGCCGUAUUCACUUCAAGAAGUACGGUGAGCUGCCCCCCAUCGAGAAGCCUGUGGACCCACCGCCAUUUAUGUUCAAACCUGUGAAAGAGGAAGAGGAUGGACUCAGCGGGAAGCAUAGCAUGAGGACCCGACGGAACCGAGGCUCGAUGUCGACGCUACGUAGUGGUCGUAAGAAGCAGACAGCCAGCCCUGAUGGCAGAGCUUCGCCUACAAAUGAGGAUUUGCGCUCCAGCGGACGUACCUCACCAAGCGCAGCAAGUACUGACAGCACAGACAGCAAGACAGACUCCAUGAAGAAGCCCAGCAAGAAGAUUAAAGAGGAGGCUCCUUCACCUAUGAAGAGUGCCAAACGGCAACGAGAGAAGGGAGCUUCAGACACAGAAGAACCCGAGAGGGCCAGCGCCAAAAAGUCCAAGACACAAGAACUCAGUCGGCCAGACUCGCCUUCAGAAUGUGAGGGGGAAGGUGAGGGCGAGGGUGAGAGCUCUGAUGGGCGUAGCAUCAAUGAGGAGCUUAGUAGCGAUCCUAAAGACAUUGACCAGGACAACCGGAGCUCCUCUCCCAGCAUCCCAAGUCCUCGCGACAAUGAGAGCGACUCCGACUCCUCUGCACAGCAGCAGCAGCUCCUGCAGAGCCAGCACCCUCCAGUCAUCCAGUGUCAGCCUGGCACCUCAGCUGCGUCCUCAGCACCCCCUCCACCCACGACCUCAGCCCCCUCACAACCUCCACAGGUGUCCCCCACAGCAGCCUCCGCCUCACUACCUCCUCAGCCUAUACCCCAGGCCAGCCCUAUGUCUCUUAUCCAGUCAGGAGCGCCCCUUCAUCCUCAAAGGCUUCCCUCUCCACAUUCACCUCUGACUCAGGCUCCGCCCCCUGGUCCUCCGGGCCCACCUCAGUCAUUACCCAGCUCACAUCAUGGGCCCAUGCCUCCUGUGCCACAUCCACUGCAAGCUGGUCCUUCACACAUGCCUCACCCUCACUCCAUGCCGCCUCAGGGCUUCCCUGUGGGUCAGUCUCAGGUCCCACCCCCACCCAUCUCCGGCCAGUCGCAGCAGAGACCGCACACGCCUCCUUCCCAGUCCCAGUCAUCCUCUCAGAGUGGAGGCCAGCCCCCCAGAGAGCAGCCACUGCCCCCUGCACCAAUGUCCAUGCCUCAUAUCAAACCUCCACCAACCACACCCAUCCCUCAGAUAACCAACUCACAGUCCCACAAACACCCGCCUCAUGUGUCGGCACCUCCAUUCCCACAGAUGCCUUCAAACCUGCCUCCACCUCCUGCUCUCAAGCCCCUCAGUUCUUUAUCCACCCACCAUCCUCCGUCAGCACACCCUCCUCCUUUGCAGCUCAUGCCUCAGGGGCAGCAGCUUCAGCCUCCCCCCGCCCAGCCCCCGGUCCUCACCCAAUCCCAAAGCCUCCCACCAUCAUCCAGCCACCAGCCUCCACCACCUCCUCCUCUGCCGCCCUCUGCCGCUGCAUCUCACUCCAACGGGCCUCCGCAACCGCCAUUCUCGUCUCAUCCUUUCAAUACAGUUCUACCUCCAACCGGCCCUCCCCCGUCUUCUUCAAACUCGAUGCCAGUUUUACCGCCUCCAUCUUCCUCUUCAGCGUCCUCUUCCAUCUCCAUGCCACUUCCCGCCUCGGUCACUUGCGCCGGCCCCGGUCCAGCGCUCCCACCUGUCCACAUCAAAGAGGAGCCUCUGGACGAGUCCGAAGAGCCAGAGAGCCCCCCACCCCCACAGAGAAGCCCCUCCCCAGAGCCUACUGUUGUCAAUACACCCAGCCAUGCCAGCCAGUCAGCACGGUUCUACAAGCACCUGGACCGGGGUUACAACUCGUGUGCUAGGACAGAUUUCUACUUCAGUCCCUUGCCUUUAUCUAAACUGGCCAAGAAACGGGAGGAUGCUCUGGAGAAAGCCAAAAGAGAAGCCGAACAGAAAGCAAGGGAGGAGAAGGAGCGAGAGAGGGAGAGGGAAAAAGAGAGGGAACGAGAGCGGGAACGAGAGAAGGAAGCAGAGCGAGCUGCGAAAGCUCCCAGUUCCUCUCAUGAGGGCAGGAUGGGUGAGCCUCAAAUGGCUGGCCCUGCCCACAUGCGUCCACCCUUCGACGGCCCCCCCACCACCAUCGCAGCUGUGCCUCCAUACAUCGGCCCCGACACGCCAGCCCUGCGCACUCUCAGCGAGUACGCCCGACCUCACGUCAUGUCCCCCACCAAUCGGAACCACCCCUUCUUCGUGUCCCUCAACCCCGCAGACCCGCUGCUGGCCUACCACAUGCCGAGCCUGUACAACGCCGACCCGGCCAUGCGGGAGCGCGAGCUACGAGAGCGGGAGAUGCGCGAGAGGGAGAUUCGUGAGAGGGAGCUAAGGGAAAGAAUGAAACCUGGUUUUGAGGUCAAGCCCCCAGAAAUGGACACACUCCACCCGUCAACAAACCCCAUGGAGCACUUUGCCCGGCACGGCGCCAUCACGUUGCCCCCCAUGGCCGGCCCUCACCCCUUCGCCUCCUUCCAUCCGGGCCUGAAUCCAUUAGAGCGUGAGCGGUUGGCGCUCGCCGGGCCCCAGCUGCGGCCAGAAAUGAGCUACCCAGAGCGUCUGGCUGCAGAGAGGCUCCACGCUGAGAGGAUGGCCACGGUAGCCAACGACCCCAUCGCCCGUCUGCAGAUGUUCAACGUUACGCCGCACCACCACCAGCACUCACAUAUCCACUCCCAUCUCCACCUCCACCAGCAAGACCCACUACACCAAGGUGGUGGUGAAUGUCUUGUGUGUCCUCCAGGGUCGGGGGCCCAUCCGCUGGCAGUCGACCCCCUGGCAGCCGGACCUCACCUGGCCCGCUUCCCGUACCCGCCCGGCGCCAUCCCCAACCCCCUCCUCGGACAGCCGCCGCACGAACACGAGAUGCUGCGACAUCCAGUUUUCGGUACUCCAUACCCACGGGACCUACCAGGAGGACUGCCCCCUCCCAUGUCCGCCGCCCACCAGCUGCAGGCCAUGCAUGCCCAGUCAGCUGAGCUCCAGAGGCUGGCCAUGGAGCAGCAGUGGCUCCACGGACACCACCACAUGCACGGAGGUCCGCUGCCAGGCCAGGAGGACUAUUACAGCCGGCUGAAGAAGGAAAGCGACAAGCAGCUGUAACCGACUGAGGGGGGGACGUCGACCAACGGCUGCAGGACGCAGGAAGUUGUUACAGAAUUGGUCUUGCAGAGGUUCUUCCCAGAUCCUUUGAACACAUUCAGCUUUGAAGAACGGAAAAGGCCAAGUGGAUCGUCUGAGACUUCUCCUGAAAUUCUGUUUGUUUGUUUUUUUUUCCUUUCAAGGACUUUUUUUUUUUUUUAUUAUGAUUUUUCCAGACUUUCUUUGGUAUAUAGCCAGUAGUGACAACGUCCUCCAGACUCCUGCAUGACAAGCUUCCCACAAUUUUUUUUUUAUUUUUUUUUAUUUUUAAUUUUUUAUUUUUUUUUUGUAGGUGCUAGAACAAGACACUGUGCUUAUCGACAAAAAAAAAGACAAGACCGGUCAGGCCGUUUAUGGAAAAAUAACAAGUGCUAUCUUAAAUUCAACAUUUAUUUUAAUACAUUGUUGGAGGUUUUUCAUAAUUUUAAGAAAAGCUACCGCAUGGCGUUUUUGAGUCUGUAAAUAGUAUAUAUAAACAUAUAAUUAUUAUUAUAAUUAUUAUUAUUACUAGGUGUGGACUCCAAACUAAGUCGUUUCAACCUCCAAUAUAAUUGUUUUGAAGCAUUAUCCCUUGUUUCAGAGGGGAGCACCAUGGCAUUAUAUGAGCAGUUUCCCAGAGAGUUCAGUUGUGACGUUCCUCUGACAUCACUUUGUUAGAUUUAGUCCUAUGUACACUUUGUAAACCAUAAAGCUGUCACACGCUCAUCAUUCAUCGUCACACACCUUUGACAUGCACCAGGUUUGUCCGAAUGUGUAAACUCACGUGUUGAGUUGAUGAUUUGAAACACUUGAAGAGGCGACACAGUCGUCACUGGGGCGUCGGCGGAGUGCACGCCGGCGCCCAGGAUCGAACACAAACAGAGAUGCACUGAAAAGUAUCAUUGAGCUCCACUCGAUUGGUUUUACUUAAACGAAAAAAAAAAAACCUCAAUAUUUAAGUCAACGUAACGGAGUAAUACUUUAUUUUUUUUAAACCAGAGGAAGAUUUUAAGGAUUUUUUAAAAAUUUGGACACUAGAAAUGUAUUUGGUUCUUUUUAAAUGCUGAUUAUCGGGACCUGAUUUUUAGCUCAAACAGGAGCCUGACGGGACUUCAGGAUUGUUUUAACGUGUGAAUGGUCAUGAGUCAGUGCGGAUCGUGGCGUGGCGUUCCCGUUUUGUCCGCCUGGCCUCGGUCGCCGGCGUCGGCUGCAGGGCUCGCAUCCGACCGAGUCACCCUCCGACUCGGCUGUAAUAAUGUUCACUGUGACGCUAGAGGGGGGGGUGGGGGAGCCGACCCGCGACCACCAGGAGGCAGAGGGUCAGUGAUUAUGUAUGUGUGCGUUUCCUCACGAUGUUUUCAUUUGCCUUGGUUUCCUUAGGGAUACACACAUCCUCCUGAGGCGGAGAGGUGUGUUUGUGUGCCACUGACUGUUACAAGUAGUGUUGACCUGUCAUACCAGUGCACAUGAGCCCAAGUUGUUUAGUGUUUUUCUUUGUUUUUUUUGUUUUUUUUAGUAGCCAUGACAUGAGUUCUGCAUUUGAUCCAUGCACUAAGACUGUUUGACUGUCAUGGACAUUCUGAAAACUGUGGCUAUUUUUUUUAACCAAAUGAAGAAACUGUACUUGCAUUUAAAGUGACCAUAUCUUUCCUUGGAGCACUAUAAUUUACAUUCGAAAAACAUUAAAAAGAUUAUAAAAAAUAAAAUAAAAAAAACAUUAUCCAACACAUGCCUCCCUUUUUAAAAGUCCAAAAAAGCCCUGACAAGAAACCCGUCACUCUGUCUCGCCAUUUCUGUCUCUCCUCAUCAUCCUUUGCCUCGUUUCCUGACGAUUCCCUUGCCUUUUACUCCCUCUUUUUGUGUCUCCAAAACCUUUGAUGUUAAGUGUUGUCAAUGGUUUAGCUUCUUGUUUCAAAGCGGCAAUAGCAGAAUGUAAAUUCUGACUGCUAAGAUUUAUAUAUAUACUGGUAUCUUGAAGCUUAUUGUAUAUAUGAGUAGUCGCCAUGGGAUGACACAAUGUAAACAAAAAGUAGAAAUAAUAAGAAAAAUUGUGAGUCCUGUGUUCUCUCAUUUGAGUAUUUUGUAAUUUUUUUGAAAAAUUUGUGGAAUUAAAAUAAACAACUAAGUUACACCACAA